CCUUAGCGCCGCGCUUCAUCUCAUGCCUAUAAAAACGCCGCACAUCGCCGACCAGCUACCACAUCUUCCUUUUACAUCCGGCCGAUCGGACACAAGGAGCCAAUUCGACGAUGCUGUGCAAGGUUGCCUUCCUCGGCCUUCUGGCCUUCGCUGCCGCCCAGGUCCAGCUCCAGGAGCAAUUCCCACCCCACCCAUACACCUUCAGCUACGAGUCCACCGGUGAGGACGCGGCCGCAUCAGCCAGCAGGAGACCGGCGACGAGAGGAACUUCAAGACCGGCAGCUACAGGCUUACCAGACCCCAGACGGUGUCUACCGUACCGCCAACUACGUCGCUGACGAUCAGGGUUCCGUGUGUCCAUCGACACCAACGAGCCAGGCACCAAGGCCGAGAACCCAGCUGAUGUGACCCUCAACGCCAACCCAAUUGAGGUCCCAGCCACCGCCUACACCUUCGGCAAGUCCAAGAGCUAAAUCACUCGCCUCGUUUUCCAAAGCGAGAUAAAGCUAUGUAAAUUAAAGCAAGACUACUCCAACCACUGCCGCAACGUCAUCACUUCUGGUCUGUCUUCUCGGUGCUCUCCACUCUGCUGACUACGACUCCCUUAUUUCCAUUUUCUUUUUUUCUAUUCUCGCGUUUGGACGGUUGUACCACUGCACACAAGACGUGACCUACUGUCGUGAACCUCCUUAGUUCGACUCUGAGCUCCUACACUCUUUGACUUACCCCUCUAGUGCAAAACUAUUGUCCUGUCUUCUGAACAGAAAACAAAACAAAGAGAAAAAUAAAGUUGUUAUUUUUUGUUGUUUAUAA